GAGUCUGUCACGUGCCGUGACGGUCGUUACUGAUUCCGUCACGGCGUGACGGUUACGGUGUGUGCCGUUAUGUAUCCGCGUGACGUUAACGGUGUUUGUGCCGGUAUGGAUCCGCGUAACGGCCGGUGACUUAGAUCUGGACCGGAUCGGGGUUCUCAGCUGCGAGGAAAGUGCUGUGUGACGGUUGUUCGUGGAUCGCUGUAAGAUCUAGGGUUUCAGUAGCACUCGCAAACUCCGAUCUGCUUUCUGAAGCAUCCGGUUGAAUGAUCCACCUGACCUGCUUGAAGUCCUUAGUUCUUUGACAGGCUCGGUUGAAGGCCUGACGCUUUUGUUCGCCGGGUUACUUGUACAAACAUUUGGGUGCUAUGUUUGUAAAUUUCUUCCGUCUUUAGAGAGAAUAGUCUGUACUCGAAAAGCUACGGAAUCCAUAGUUGUUAUGGCACCAAUGACCAGAAGUAGAUCUUACGAGAACGUUCCACGGCCACAUGCAGCAAUUUACUACGGCCAACGAGCGUCCAAUGGGGGCCUUCUCAUUGCUGAAGCAACUGGAAUAUCUGACACUGCACAAGGGUAUCCGGAAACACCAGGAAUUUGGACCAAAGAGCACGUCGAGGCUUGGAAACCGAUUGUGCAAGCGGUUCACCAAAAGGGUGGGACCUUUUUCUGUCAAAUUUGGCACGUUGGCCGUGUCUCCACGUUUGACUUCCAGCCCAAUGGUCAAAAUCCAAUCUCGUCUACUGACAAGGGAAUUACACCUGGUUAUGCUGGAGUGCAGUGGGCUCCUCCUCGCCGUCUGAGAAAGGAGGAGAUCCCUGGCAUUGUCGAUGAUUUCAGGCUUGCUGCACGUAAUGCCAUUGAAGCUGGAUUUGAUGGAGUUGAGAUUCACGGAGCAAACGGGUACCUGAUUGACCAGUUCCUGAAAUCUGGCGUGAACGACAGAACUGACGAGUACGGUGGCAGUUUAGAGAACCGGUGCCGCUUCGCACUAGAAGUAGUGGAAGCAGUAACCAGGGAGAUCGGAGCUGACAGGACGGGAUUCAGGAUGUCACCCUUCCUGGAUUUCAUGGAGAUGAGCGACGAAGACCCUGUAGGCCUCUGCGUUUACUUGGCCACCCAACUCAACAAGUACAACAUCCUCUACCUGCACGCAAUCGGCCCCAGGGUUUCCCGCCACAGAGAACCCCACUGGACCCUUGACCCCUUCAGGCAGGCUUUCAACAACACUUUCAUCGCCAACGGUGGGUACACCAGAGAGGAUGGCAACCAGACCAUAGCGGAGAACAAGGCGGAUUUGGUGUCCUACGCAGCCCUGUUCUUGGCCAACCCAGACUUGCCCAAGAGGUUCGCGCUGGACGCCCCACUCAACAAGCCCGACAGAGCCACUUUCUACACUCAAGAUCCCGUGGUUGGCUACACAGACUACCCAUUCCUGGAAGAGCCCGCUUCUUCUGCUAAUUGAUUUCUCCCAAUCAUAUCAUAUGUUUGUUAGAAGAAGACCAAAUAAUUGAAGUGAUGGAAGUGUUUAAUUAUUUAUUAUGAUUUGCAAGGGUCUUUUUGUGUCGGUACGUAUGUAUGUCAGGCGCUGGGUAAUAAUAAUAUGGGGGCUGAGAAUGUCGUCCGUGUGGAACCUACAACGGAGAAGUGGUGGUAGUAGUGGUGGUAGUAGUAGUAAUAGUAGUGGCCUGGUUGCCUGGCUGGCUUAUGGUUUCUGAUUCUGAGUGUCGCUUUAGGGUGAAGUCGUCACAUAAUGUGCAACAACAACGACGUUUACACUUCGUUGGUGGAUUACUUUGUUAUCGUGCUUUUUAAAAGUAAUGUUGAGAGUUUGUCUGCUUGUUUA